AUGGAACUCUGCAAACGAUCCCACCAGCAGAAGAUCUCAACCGGUAUCAACACAGUCAACACCAACACGACCUUAAACACAAACAACAAGAACACAGUUGUGACCAUGACCGGAAUCCAGUAUUAUACUCUUUCCUCAGAGGUAGAGCUGGAACUUUCGACUCAAAUGCAACGCCAGUCCCAGUCGUUCCUCGUUACCAACUUCUUUUGGGUCUGUCUGGGUAUCUCGCUCCUCUUCGUUCUGGUCUUCUGGUGUCAUAAGCCUAUUGCGAAGGGAUGCCGCCGACUCAUUCGUCGGGUUGGUUUGCACUGGGAGAAACCGGCGUAUAGGCGGGCCCAUGGAGAUGGAGAUGCUGGUGCGGAUGCAGACGAUGAAAGAUCUGAGACUGGAUUUGGUGAUAUGAAUACAUCGACCACCCACCAACAGCCUCUCCUAUCCCGGUGCAAAACUCUCAAUGCCGAUAAAUACAAAUACUCCCAUGUUGAAGCUGACCUCCCAAGCCCACCUGGAGGGUACCCAGAGCACAGGCUCAAGUCUACCAACAACAGCGGUCAAACCAGUGACAGAGGCACCAAUACCAGCACCGACGAAGACGAAGACGGCAUCUCCCUCGCUAUCUCAGGGCGCAUCGAUCCCAGGACUGGCAUUCUCAAUGGAAUCGUCCAUAAGCCCCAAUUCCGGCCGUCGUAUUCGGCGAUGCUGAUGCCUGAGAACGAGGAGGCGAUUUACACGGAUUCUUCGGAAGAAGAGGAUGGUGAUAUCGAUCGGCCUAUGCUUGCAUCCGGUGCUAACAACGGGGAUCGCGAAAGCGACGGAGAUGAAACUGGCGAAGCAGUUACUGAGCUUGAGGAGAAUGCGGAAUUGGGAAAAGGAUGGAUGGGGAAUUGGAAUCUUCUUGAGAUUGCGGCUAGGGGUCUGGAGAUGCUGCACCAGCACGAUACUCAUCGACCGGGGAACGGAGGUGAGGUUAAUACCAAUUGA